UAAAUAGAAUAUACUAUAUUAUCACAUACUAGAAAGAAAGCAUGUAAUCCAAAUAUUGUUCUAACUUCUGAGGCAAAAUUUGGACCACCACCUGACCAAGAACCAUGCGUAAAUGGUCUAAAGACAGGCAAUAAAGCAGUGCAUGUUACCUAGAAGAUUAAUGGUGACCCACUAUACACUUGCUUCCCAAAUCAAUCCACCUAAGAUAAUUGAUAUGGUAAACCCAUAGACAUUUCUUUAUGUUCUAUAAACAGUUCAGACAUAACUUCUUCCCCUAAAUGUCAAAAUUUAAUGGACCCUCACUUAUUCACAUUGUUAUCUGGCUGGUGAUUGAUGUCUCAGAUAGGACUUGCUUCUUUGCCUACUUUAUUGAAUCAACACUACCAAACUUAUCAUGAAGAGAAAACCAACUUGGUAAGUAAGAACAGAAUAUGAGAAUUGGUCAUAAAUGAAGUUGGAAAACAAUCUAAUCAAGGGAAAAGUGAUUCCGGCAAUUUUAGGUCCUUGUAAUAAUACUAGUUAGUAGUAGUGAUUUUUCAUUCUUUUAGGGUCUUGUGAGACUUAUGAAAGCUGCGAGUGACAUGGACCUAACAUUAUUCUUCUGUCAUUCCAAGAGAAUGAUUUGGACCACAUAACUCUGUACAAGUAUAACAGCAUAUGAUAUGAUAUGACAUUGAGUAAUAAUAGCAAUAACAGGUGUCAAAAAUUAGAAGAGCUUAUAAUGUCUGCCUAAUAAAUCAAUAUAGAAAUACUACAUUACAUAUAUGAUAUAUUUUGUUAAUAACUUGUACAAAUAAAAUAGCUCUAUGAUCUAUCCAAAUGGCAUGAGUUAUGGCAUUGAGCUUCACAGUUACCAAGUAACUCUCUGAUAUGCAACACAGCUGAGAAUCCUAGAGGCAUUAUCAAGAUUUAUCAAGUACAUAUCUUAUUCAAAAAUAGCAUGUUCUGAAUUGAAUAAAAUCUACUUGAUAGUAACUUUAUAUCUACAAACAUGGAGAAUCAUAUGCCAAUUAAAAUUGUGUAAAAAACAGAAUACUUUGUUGUUUUACAUUUUCAUUCAUUGUGUUUUACUGUGUUCUGUUAUCUGUGGUAGCCCAAAGCUACUGUUAUAUUCACCUUAAAAUCAAAAGGAAUUGAAAUUGGCUUCAAUGAUUAAGACUCUAGACUAGACAUAGAUAGCUACUAACAGAUGGCCAUAAUGCAACCAAAUAAUGAAGCAUCACAUAUAUAAUUGGUUAUUCAAUAACUCUAUCCAAAUAGGUAUCAUAAUCUAGUUUGGAUAUCUUGAUUUUUUAAAAAUUCAAACUUUUGUUGUUUGCUUAUAAUAAUAGAUGAAGUGUGUGAGGCAGAUCAUUGGCUGGGAAUUUGUUUCAUUGAAGAGUAAGGAAAAAAGGUAGGGUAAGGAGAAUAUGACAUGUUUGAUUUCAACAGCUUGAUAAUUGGUGACAUCACAAAUUGGUACACAUACCUGAAACACAUAUAUAUGAAAGCAAAAGGAAUUUCAUAAGCAACCAACAACAAAGCCUAGUUUCAUUUCAUCUUUUUCACUCAGCUUUUCCAGUUACAAGCAUAUUAAACUAAUAUAAACAUUACUGAAAAAAAAAAGAGUGUAUGAAAAAGGAUAUGGAAAGAGCAACAGCAAUGAAAACCUUUGAUUGCAACCUGCCUCCAAAAUCACCCAUCUUAAGAGAUACAGAUGCAUCUUUCUCAUCAUAUCUCAUACCCCAAAAGCCAAACACUUGCCAACCAAAUAAUAAUCAUAAUCACCACCGCACAAUCAACGAUCCCACCUCAGAACUCAGCAUAUUCGAUGCGCACAAAUACUUCAACGAAGUAACCAAUAACGACAGCCUCCAAAAAGUUACGAUCAGCAGCAACAACAGCAACAGCAACAAUAACAAUAGCAGAGUUUCACCAGUGGUGAUUAAUAUCAACAAUGAAACAGAAAGCAUUGGUAUACCAGAUUCUACAAGAUACUCCUCGGCUUCUUCCUCGGUGGAUGGUUAUGCAAACAUCAGAAACUAUAGAGCGCGUUCCUUCCAUGCCGCAACACCAACAGCUUCAUCAGAAGCUAGCUGGAAUAGUCAACAAGGUUUGUUAUCACACCCACCAGGUGCUAUCUCAGUUAACAUAAAAAACCCUUCAAAUCCAAACCCUAACAAUAACAGCAACAAAAAUAAUCUUAGAUCAUCACUUUCAAAACCAAUUUGGCUUUUAAGGAGAAAAUGUCCAUGCACAGGUAAAAAAUCAGUUCAGGUCAAUGAAAAAAAAUCAACAGAAUUACCCAAAAAUAGCAUAAAAAAUCCAUCACCAGUUUCACCAUCACCACCACCACCACCACCAAUGAACAAUUGGGUUAACAAUAACAAUAGCAUGGAUCAAAAUCAAACACCAACUCAUGUUGUAACCAAAUCACAAAGAUUCCAACCAGUGGUAACAACAACUGUAAGAGUACCAUUCACUGACGGAUUCACAUUCCCAGUGUUAAACCCUAAUUCAAUUUCAACAACAACAAAACACAAAAACGGCGUCGUUUUGGAAGAACCACCACGAGAAUCGCUAGAGGUUUUCCGACCACCAGAUGAACACACCGUGGAAGCAAUUCAUGCUAAAUCCCUAAAUUUCCCCUUUCUACCGGCUAUGUCGCGAAUCGUAAUCGACGACGGAGACGCCGCGAGUGAUGCGAGCUCUGAUUUGUUCGAAAUCGAGAGUUUCUCAACCGCGACGCAAUCGUCAUCUUACGCUGGUGCUGUGUACCGUCGAAACAGUAGAGACUCGUUUGAUGAAGGAUCGGUGACGACGGCGAUGACGGAGUGUUAUGAGCCGAGUGAGGCGAGUAUUGAGUGGAGUGUAACAACCGCGGAUGGAUACGACGAAAGUAGCAUCGUCAGUGGCUUCAUCGGCGGCGGAGGAGGCGGUGGUAGUGGUGGCGUGACGGCGGAGCAAUGGAAGAGAAAAGGCGGGAAUGGGUUGUUAAGCUGUCGGUGUGAAAAAGCGGUUAGUGUGGGGCCACAGCCAGUGAAAUGUGAAGGGGGACAAAGAGGGGCCACGUCAGCAUGGAAACAAGUGAGUGGUGGUGUAAUAAGUAGGGUAGGGGGUGUAAAUAUAAAUAAACCACCACUUGCUAGGUCUUCUCAUUCUCAAAGAAACAAUAACAAUUCACCUCGUGUCACUUCUUUUGCUUUUGCGACAUAGCUUUUUUAUUUUUUUUAAUUUUCUUUUUAAGCUCGGUAUUCCGGUCAAGAGGAGUGUUCAUUUACGGUUACAGUUUUUUUUUACUCUGUAUGAACUGGUCUAACACAAGAAAUUUUGAGAGAAGCACAAAAGACAUUCCAAAGACUCGAGUCUUCACCAUCACAUCGAUCCAUGUGGGUUGACAUAGCUAUUUAUUUGAUUUUGAUGUUGAUGCAUGCAUCCUUGUAAUGUUACAUUGCGUAAUGCACGGCAAGGGCUCUACGAUUUCUUGUUUCCUUGUUUGUUUGUUUCUUCAAUUUUUAUGGUCCCAGAUAAUGUGUUUUGUUGUGGUUUUCUCUUCUAAUAAUGUGCUUAUUUUUGUUUUAUGGAUUUGUAACACACCAUGUAGCCACUCUUAGCUACUUGUGUAUCACAUCACUGUUCCUUUUUCUCUAUACUGCCAAAUGAAUUACAAUUUAUUAACACAAGUUUGAUUUAUGACGAAGAGGAUUUAAGUGUAUGUUUGUUAUCACAUGAAAUCAUACUGGUUAAUAGGUGAUUUUGGUAAAGCCACUAUGAUACUAUGAAUUGCCAAACAUGUAAUAAGCAUAUAUUUCGCUUUAAAUUCUACCAAUUCUUUCUGUGUUUAAUGUCAUUUCAUAGUAGAAACAAUCAUAUGCUAAGUUAAUAUACAUAGGAAUUGA